AUCCCGGUGCGCGGGGCCCUGAGCGGCGGAGGAGCGGGUUUCCCGCAGCAUCCUCGGCUGGCUCCGGGAAGGGAGGGCUCUGGAGCCGGGAGCGGUGCUGACGUGCUGCCGGAGCUGCAGUGACUCCGCAAUGGCUGAGGCUGCUGGCACGGAGCGCAUCCCGCCGGCCCGGAGCGCCCGCACCGCGCAGCCUGCCCGGGAAACCUGCCCUUAGCUCCGCACUGCUCGGAUCCGCGGCGGCUGCCCUGACCUGUGAAGCCCCUUCACUCGUGCUCCGACAAGGAACGGUGCUGCUCCAUUGUGGUUUUGACCAUGAGUCAUGAGGAAUAAACAAAAGCACUGAAGGUCAUCGUCCAAGGAAAUUGUUAUCCACAUUAACAAGAUUAGAAUAAAAAAGGCACAGGAAGAUGUAGUGUUCCGGUGGGAGGUGCAGGAGCCGGAGCGAGUGCUGGGCCAGGGGCUCCAGGCAGGAUUGCCCUCCCUGCCACGGCCUCACCAUGUCCAAGAAGGGCUCCAGCAGCCGGGCCAGAGGGGACAAGCCGGACGCCUUGGCCGCCCUGCAGGCUGCCAAUGAGGAGCUCAGGGCCAAGCUCACUGACAUCCAGAUAGAGCUCCAGCAGGAAAAGAGUAAGGUCAGCAAGUUGGAAAGAGAGAAAAACCAGGAAGUGAAGCAGAUCAAGGAGCACGAACAGCAUAAAAGCACCGUGGUGGUCACAGAGCUCAAAGUCAAACUGCAUGAGGACAAAAUGAAGGAGCUCCAAGCUGUUCGAGAAGCACUUCUGAGACAGCACGAAGCUGAACUGCUCAGAGUAAUAAAAAUUAAGGACAAUGAAAUCCAGAGACUGCAGACCCUGCUCAACGCCGUGCGCGAUGGGGGUCCCGACAAGGUGAAAACGGUGCUGCUCUCGGAGGCCAAGGAGGAGGCCAAGAGGGGCUUUGAGGUGGAGAAAAUCAAAAUGCAGCAGGAGAUUUCUGAGCUGAAGGGGGCUAAGAAACAAGUGGAGGAGGCUCUAACCAUGGUCAUCCAAGCUGACAAAAUCAAAGCAGCAGAGAUCAGGAGUGUGUAUCACCUGCACCAGGAGGAAAUCACCAGGAUCAAGAGGGAGUGCGAGAGAGAGAUUCGUAGACUGAUGGAGGAGAUUAAGUUUAAGGACAGAGCAGUCUUCGUGCUGGAGAGAGAGUUAGGGGUGCGAGCCGGGCAUGCUCAGAGACUGCAGCUCCAAAAGGAGGCUUUAGAUGAACAACUCUCCCAGCUCAAAGAGUCUGACCGGCAUCUGAGCAGCCCCAAGCGGGAACUUCCUUAUGCAAGUGGUGCAGGAGACGCUUCAGAUCAUUCGGGAAGCCCCGAACAGCAGUUGGAUGAAAAGGAUGCCCGGCGCUUCCAACUGAAAAUUGCGGAGCUGAGCGGCAUCAUCAGGAAGCUGGAGGACAGGAACGCCCUGCUGUCAGAGGAGAGGAACGAGCUGUUAAAACGUCUCAGAGAAGCAGAAAGUCAGUAUAAGCCCAUUCUGGACAAGAACAAACGCCUUAGUAGGAAGAAUGAGGAGUUGUCACAUGCCUUACGUCGAAUGGAAAAUAAACUGAAAUUCGUGACACAAGAAAAUAUCGCGAUGAGGCAAAGAACUGGAGCAAUAAGGAGACCAAGCUCCUUAAAUGACCUUGACCACAGCCAGGAAGAAAGAGAAGUUGAUUUCCUGAGACUACAAGUUGUUGAGCAGCAAAACAUCAUUGAUGAACUCUCCAAGACCCUGGAGACUGCUGGCUAUGUGAAGAGUGUCAUGGAACGUGAUAAGCUGUUAAGGUUCAGGAAGCAAAGGAAAAAAAUGACAAGAAUUCCUAAGAAGCCGGUUGUGGAGACAUUUUACGGCUACGACGACGAAGCUUCCCUGGAGUCAGAUGGUUCCUCCAUCUCCUACCAAACUGACCGGACAGACCAAACCCCCUGCACUCCUGAGGAUGACUUAGAAGAGGGCAUGGCCAAGGAGGAGACAGAGCUGCGGUUCCGGCAGCUGACCAUGGAAUACCAGGCCCUGCAACGAGCCUAUGCUCUGCUGCAGGAGCAGGUCGGAGGGACCCUGGAUGCAGAACGAGAAGUUAAGACACGUGAGCAGCUCCAAGCAGAAAUCCACCGGUCCCAGGCUCAGAUAGAAGACCUGGAGAAGGCCCUGGCUGAGCAGGGACAGGACAUGAAGUGGAUUGAGGAGAAGCAAGCACUCUACAGAAGAAAUCAGGAACUAGUAGAAAAGAUCAAACAGAUGGAAGCCGAGGAAGCUCGUCUGAAACAUGAUGUCCAAGACGUGAAGGACCAAAAUGAGCUUCUGGAGUUCAGGAUCUUGGAGCUGGAAGAGAGGGAGAGACGGUCCCCUGCCAUCAACUUCCUGCACGGCCCGUUCACAGAGGGGAAGAGCCCCCUCCAGGUGUACUGCGAGGCAGAAGGUGUAACAGACAUAGUAGUAGCAGAGCUGAUGAAAAAAUUGGACAUUUUAGGGGAUAACGCCGUAAGUAACCUGACCAACGAAGAGCAAGUAGUCAUCAUACAAGCAAGGACUGUCCUCACAUUGGCUGAAAAGUGGCUCCAGCAGAUCGAGGUGACGGAGUCGGCGCUGCAGCAGAAAAUGCUGGACCUGGAAAACGAGAAGGAGCUGUUCAGCAAGCAAAAGGGCUACCUGGACGAUGAGCUGGACUUCAGGAAGCAGUCCCUGGACCAGGCUCACAAGCAAAUUCUGGAAUUAGAAGCCAUGCUCUAUGAUGCCCUGCAGCAAGAAGCUGGAGCCAAAAUUUCCGAACUUCUUUCAGAAGAGGAGAAGGAGAAGCUGAAGAGCGCCGUGGAGCAAUGGAAGCGGCAGGUGAUGAGUGAGCUCCGGGAGAGGGAUGCCCAAAUCCUGCGGGAAAGGAUGGAGCUCAUUCAACACGCACAGCAGAGAAUUAAAGAGCUAGAAGAAAGAAUUGAAGGCCAAAAAAGACAAAUAAAAGAGUUAGAGGAAAAGCUUUCAUUCUUUGGUCAUAGCCCUUCAGGCCACAUGCACAAGCCUACUGAGAGAGCUACAGCUGCUCCUGCUGUUAUUCCCAGGAAGACAGCCCUGCUUCCUGAGACCGAAACAGAGACAUUGCCCUUUCCACCCCCCCAGAUCUCUCUCAUACUUUGCUACUGGCAAUGGAAGGUGCAAUCCUUGUGACCCUUUCAGACUGGGGCUGGACCAGGGGGUGUGGAGAUCCCUGCACAGGCCACAUCCACACCACUGAAAUCCCUGACGGAGCGUUUGGAAAAGGCAGAACUAAGCUGACAACGAAAGCCAAAAACUCUCCUCCUCCCUCUCCUACAGCCACAGGCUCCUUCCCCAAGUCCUGGCUCUGCUGCUUGAACUAACCUCCAGUGGAAUCCUGGCUCUGCUGCUGGACACAGCUCUUGGCUCUGUCAGGAGCAACAGAACUAAUUCAGAUACACUGAAUUAUUUUGGUUCCCUGCUAAGCAGGUGGCAAAUUGCUUCUGUGUAGAAGUGCCCGUGUCCUGUUUGUAUGUCACACGUUUAUAUUUGUUAUCCAUAGUUCUUUAAAAAUCUCUUUUGAAAGAAGACUUUAGGAAGAGUUCCAGAGGAGUAGCUUGUGACAAGAUGAAUAGGAGUGAAAAUGAAGUGAUUUGUUCCAAGGUAUUUCUUUGUAACACAGGGUUUGUCCCGUGGUUUGUUGAAUAUCCCAAGAGCCCAGUUUUAGGGAAAAUCAUGAAGCUACAUUCAGGAAAUCAAGCUGUAAUUUUUUUUUUGAGUUUUCAGAAAACCAUGAUGAGCAAAAUGACACAAUAAUUUAUAAUUUGCUGUCCCUGAGUGAUGAUAAAAGGCUAAACACUGUCCCAGCAAAAAGUUCAACCUGGGAAAGAGUGAACUAAAACAAUUAUCCCUGAUCCACAUGUGCUGGGCUGGGGGAGGCAGCAAGAGGGAGCAGAAGAUGUUGUCAGCUGGAAGAUGAUGUCAGCGGGAAAAUGUCCUCACCUUGGGGAAAGGGAGCACAAAUCCCACAGAUCCCAAGCCCAGGAGGCUGGUGCAGGAACCAGAAGGGAAAAGGAAUCCUCUAGAAAAACAGCUGAAGAGAGGAAAUUGAGAAGAAAUUCCAGACUGUCAUAGACCACAUGGGAUCUGCAGCUGAGCACAGAAACCCGGGGCUGUGGGGCAAGGCCAGGAACAAGGUCCUGUUCACAGCCAUGGCAAAGGUCCCAUCCCUGGGAGCACAGGGCAGGAAGGAGACAGAGCUCCAGGCAGGUCCAUUGGGAAAGGACAGAAAAUCCAUCCCCAUCUGCCCAGGCUGAGUGGAGCUGAAUGGCUGCUUUGUCUGCAGUUCUCCCGGGAGCCCCUCAAACACCACAUUCCUGAUCCCAGCUGCCCCUGGAGACACUCCCAGCCCAAGGAUUUAUGUCCUGAGGGUCGUUCCAGCCCUUCUAGCUGUGGCAGCAGAUGGACGCAGGUGCCAUAAGGGAUUCCAGUCAUGAAUUCGCUGCCCAGGCCUUACAAACAGAGAUUUCUCUAAGGCUUAACUGACAGUGACAUUUAUAAAAUCCCCAUAGUUGCAAAUAGAGAAGACAAAUAUUUUAAAUUAGAAUCCAGAAUGGUUUUUGGGACCUUAAAACGCAUCUCAUUCUACUCCCGGACAUGGGCAGGGACACCUUCCACUGUCUCACAAGCCCCAUCCAACCUGGCCUUGGACACUUCCAGGGAUGGGGCAGCCACAGCUUCUCUUUCUUCUUCUCUUAUUUUAUUUAGUUGGAAAACAAAUUGAUGCUGUUUAUGUGUGUAAAAAAUAGGGAUAUUGCCCAGCAUUUUAUGUAUUACACAACAUGAAAAUAUAUUUUAUAGCUAUUGUAUGUGUUUUCCAUCACCAUAAUGACUGUUUUCUAAGAGAUUUGUCUUUUUAAAAAACAUUUUAAUAUGAUUUACAAAUUACAUGAAAAGUAUAUAUAAGUGUAUCACAUUCACUCAUAAGCACCGUGUACCCAAAUGAAAUACCCCUGAUAAUUAGGGGAUGAUACCAGCAAUUAACCUAAACCAGGUUUCUAAAGGACAAAACUAACAGUUUUCAGUGCAGAAUCAGCCAUUUUUGUGAAAGCAAUGCAGAGUUAAAAUAGAUCCGUUUUACCUGUUCUGGUUGGGAGCACAAGAACCAGGGCUGUGCUCACACAUGCUGCUUUUUGGGUGGGGUAGGAGUCAUUAAAUAGUUUUAAUUAUAAAUGUUCUGCCCAUUCUUUGUUAUACACUGCUUCAAAGUCCAACAUGAAAAGAAAAUGCCGUAGGCUUCCGUGCACAUAUAUUUGUAUGUGCAAAAUGAGUAGUAUCAAGAUUUUAUCACAAAUAAAUGAUUUGUAAUGGAAGGAAACAGCUUUUUAAAGCCCCGCUAUCAAGCCUCAAGGGACCAGCACUAUUUUAUCCUGUAGCAGAAGCAGUUUAUAGCGUGUCUGUGUCAGAAUUCCUCCUGUCUUCAUUGGGAAGGGACAGGUAAAGCCUGAUUGUGGUGACAGAGCCCCCGGCAUUCUGAUUGCAGUGCAGGAGGGUGAUGCCAGAAACCCAGCUCUGCCCUACCUGUGGGUUGCUUAUGGCACAAAACUGUGUAGAAAAGUGACCAGAAAUGGUUAAAACUCAGUUGUGCUGCUUGUUCCUGUUAGUCCUGACCUGGCAGAGCAGUGGUGGAGGUGAGGGGCACAGGCUCCAGCAGUGCCUGACAUCCUCAGCCCAGCUCCAGCCUCCCCCCAGGCCCUGGAGGUGCUGGAAAGCUUUGGGGGCCCAGGAAGGGCAUUUCAGAUUCCAGGCCAUAAAUAUUAAUGAGGUGAAGUGCUUUUAUGCUUGUGGGCAGUUCCUGCUAAGCUCACAGGGUUUGUCAGCAUAAAUGGGUCGGGUCAGUAAUUUUCCUUCCAUUGGUAGAUAUGACAGUCUUAAGGCAGGAAAACCCCAGAAUUUUCCAAGUCAGUAUGGUCAGAAACAAAGCACACCAUUGCAUAUGUUCACUGGGAUGUCCUGCAAAACAGUGCUCUUAGCUCUUAAGUAAAAAUUAGGAAUUUAGUAACCCACUGACAAUGAAGGGCUGCUGAUUGCUGAGAUUCUCAGAGCCAGUAACCCUUCCUCCUGCCACAGAAGCCAUGGGUGUGUGGUCUCAAAUGCAGUCAGAAUCUGACUUUUUGCAGAGACUAAUUUUCACUGAGUAGAUAAUUACCUGAGUGGUCUUCACCUCCUCAUCCUGCUCACACAGGCAGGUGUUACGAAAAAUCAUAUCAGGUGCAUUGAGUCCAAGCUGGGGUUGCAGGUGUGAUUUCCGUAAGUAUGGAAAGAUCCAUAACUAUUAGUACCCUGAUCUUUAUCUGCUGUAAACCCCCAUAACUUCAUAGGUCCCAAGCUGGAUUCCAAACUGGGUUCCAAGCUCCACCACUGCCACCACUGGUGGGCUCAGCCACUGCCACCAGCCCCUCGCUGGGGCACACAGAUGGCAAGAGUGUGGAAAUGGGAUUUCCAGCUCAGGGUCAUGUGUUUAAACAAACCCAGCAAAUCCCCUUAGCACCAGUUAUAAAGAAAGAAACAUAUAUAUGUAUAUUUAUAUACAUAUGUCUCCUUCCACUGCAGCCUUGCUAAGAGGCUGUGCUGAUGAAGGUGAUCAUUCUCCAUCGGGAAAUGUAGUGACAGGACAAGGAGUAAUGGGUUCAAACUGAAAGAGGGAAAUUUAGGUUGGUUGUACAGAAGAAACUCUUCCCUGUGAGAGUGGUGAGGCCCUGGCACAGGUUGCCCAGAGAAGCUGUGGCUGCCCUUGGAUCCCUAGAAGUGUUCUAAGCCAGGCUGGAUGGGGCUUGGAGCAACCUGGGAUAGUGGAAGGUGUCCCAGCCCAUGGCAGGGGGUGCAAUGAGGUGAGUUUUAAGGUCCCUUCCAGCCCAACUCAGUCUGGGAUUCUAUGAUUCCUCUCCCAUAUGAAAUGUGACCCAUAAUCUUUGAGGAAUUGCAUUCCUGCACUGCUCUAUCCAGUAAAGCUGCCGUUUUCCACAAGCUGUGAACGCUCAGAUGCACAAAUAUUAGCGCUCCGUCCAUUACCAUUUCUGAAAGGCUUUUGUCCCAUUUGUACAGCUUUCUGUUAAAAAAAUCCCUCUUUGGCAGGAGAUUGCGGGGUGAGAGAGUGGUAACUGUGCCUUUUAUCUGAGGCACGGCCAGCCCCGGGCAGCCCCGGGCGCACUGAGUGACAUUUGAAGUGGCAGCGCCGCGGUCCCAGCGCAGGCACCGCGUCUGCCUUCACCCAAACCCGUUGUGACGGCCCCGCCGUGCCUGGCACUGCUGGUGCCAUGAGCAGUGACAGAGCCGGGCAUAAAGCAAAGUGGCAUCUGGAAAAGCCGGUGUUAGUUACUCUUGGUUUCUCUUAAGUUCUGUGUCUUUUCAGGAAUUGCUUCUGAGAAUUCUUGGGGUGUUACUGUCCCCCUGUGAGCAGUGUGUCCCUGUCUAGGGCCUACUGGGGAGGGACGAAAGGGCCACCUGACCUCCAGGACCUGGUGUGGUGAAAGGUGUCCCUGCCCAUGGCAGGGAGUGGAAUAAGGUACCUGCACUGCUUCCAAAGCUUGGCUGGAGUUUGUAAAGCUACGAAGAAAACCCCUUGAUACUAAAAUUCUAAACCCUCUCCCCACACUUGUACAUUGACCACCUCUUUUAACCCAGCACAGGGAGCUCAGCUGUGGAAACCGAGUAAGUUGUUCAAAUGUGAUAUUGGUACUGGAUGGAUGCAAUGCUUUAAGGCAAAGGUUGUGGAUUUUGAUAUCAGCAAAUGAUUAUAUUAUGAAAUUAAUUUAACAAACUCCAAUUCUACCAGAUCCUGAUACCAGUGUUGGGAUUCCAGGAUGAGCUGCAUUUUCGCUUCUGCAUUUCUCACCUAAAACAGGUCCAUUUUGAGUUCUACUGAAACACUUCAUGUCUUAAAAUAUUGUAUUUACUGGAAGCCCUGCAGGUGAUGGUUGAGGUGUGUGUUAGGAAGUGACUUGGGUCCAUCACAUGGCUCUUCACUCAGGCUGUGCUCUUGCCUGUUGUGUGUUUCUGUCUCAAGUAUCAGUUCUGUUUUCCCAUUAACUUGACUUCCUUAAUCCUGGGGGUUUUAAUUACAAAGCCAACUGUACAGGACAGAUCUGUGUGUAAAUAAGGGAUUGUGCUUAUCUAUAUGUCAAUAUAAAUAUGUAAGAAGAUUUGUACAUAGGAAAGAAAAAAUGGCUCCAAUAAUGUUUUCGGAACUGUUUGCUCUGUAUAAAUGCACAAAGGGAUUGACAUCCAUGUGCUCCCUGACUCCACAGGAAGGGAUUCCGCUGGGUUCUUGGUCUCUGUCUGUGACCCCUCUGGGCUCUGUGUGAUGAGUUUGUUUGAUCAGUCCCUGGCCGUGGCUUGGGGCCGAGCUGGAGCCGGUGCUGUCCAUGAGAUGAGCUGUGUCGGGUCUCAGCUGCUCCCUCCUCACCUCUGGCUCUGGUGCAUCUUCUAAAACACGGUCUCCAAGCCACAGGACUACGGUGAGGGGACAGUGCCCUCACCUGGGGGGUUCCUGCAGCCCCUCGGUGCGGGUGUACAGCAGCAGGAGGAGGGGGGGCCACCCCUUCACCCCAAACCCACCGCCAUGUGUGUGUCAGGCCUGGACUUCUUGUUCAAGCUGUUGGAGGAUGUGGCUGUUAUUUCCAGUAUUCUGCUUUAUAAUAUCUGUAGCCUUCAGUGAUUCCUUGAGUGCCUUACACGGCUUGUGAACUGAAUUCCUGACCAGGAAGAGUCAAUGCCCCUGGACCGGCACCGGCUCCUUGGCCCCAGCAGCGUGUGUGUGCACAGGAACAGGUUUAGCUUCGACUCAGGAAAUUGCCCUGUGAAUACGUGUAUUCAACCCUGUAUGAUGUGUUGUACAGUUUAUAAAAAGGGAUUAUUGUAAACUUAUGCAAAACAUUAACACGGAGAAAAUGGAGUUUUUUGGUCCCCUGGCCGGUGUGACCUGUGUCCUCUAAUCCAACCCCAAAAUCAUAUCCAAAAUACAGAACAUUGGGUUCAGUGCUGCAACAGCCCAAAAACAGGGCCUGGAGCGAUUGAGUACAGAAUUUUACACAUAUUUUUGUAUCGUGAUUCCUAUGAUAUAUAUGGACAGACUUUCUAUUCCUUUGUAAAAUACAUAAAUUAUUGUCAACUUUUAAUAAAAAGAUCUGUUUUAAACCUUCAAA